CGCUGCUUUGCAUGAAUACCCGCACAAACCAAAAUUUUGAAAAUACUGGUUUAUAACACAGCCAAAUGCAAAAUAGUCCUUAUUUCAUGGUCAGUAAGACUCACGUUCAUAACGGCAAAACCGGCGUAGUGGCGCGUAAAAAUGUCGUUAUGUGAUUGGUUGAUUUAUCACGCCAUAUUUCUGCAACAGUCGACGAUCGCCAGUUGCUAUUAUUGUUUUCGCGUGAUCACGUUAAAACUUUCCGGGAUAAUACCACAUUUCUAAAUAAUCGUGUGUUUAAAGUGUAAAGUUUAGUAAUAUUUUCUGCAAUAUUGAUUCAUUUUGAGUUGUUUGAUUAUUCAAGACAAAAUUGUGUCAAUUUUCGAUAAUUUUUUUUGUUGAAAAGUGCUGCAUUUAGUGUUACAACAUUCUUCACGAAAGAUGCCGAAUCCCCGUACCCUACAAAUAAUCCGGAACCUGAAACAGGAUAAUGAAGAUAUUAUACACCUUGAACCUAAGACUUCAACAUCCAUACAAUUCACUAAAAAGGAACAGUUCAUUCAGUCUCCCAAGGGUAAAGAUAACAUUGAAAAUAAAAAUUUAUCUAAUGUUAGUGAAGAUUUUUGCUCAGAUGAUAGUGUGAAGGAUCCUGAUUAUGUAGAUAUCGAUACAUCCUGUUCUACAAAGAGGUCUCUUUUGAGAAAUGAACGCCAAGUUUUUAAAAAUUUGAUGAGUCGAAUAGAUUUGAAUGAAAAACAAUAUGACAAUUUCAGUGACGAUGUUUCCACCAAAAACCAAACAAGUUCACCAAUACCUAUGCCGAUAGCCCCAAUGCAAACAGAAUCUAAUAGAAGCUCAAGCGACAGUUCAUCCAGCUCAAGUGGUGGAUCUAGUUCAUCAGAUUCCGAGACUUCAUUAGACGAUGAAUUGAAUAAUGAACGUUUAACAGCAGUGGUUCAGUCCAGGGUGAAUAUAUUUCCUACAAUAGCUAAUUGCAUCGAAGAUUCUCGCUAUGAUUCGAUUGAGCCAGUACCUUCAACUUCACGUUCUACAGCUAAUACACCACCAAGUUCUUUGGUACUUAGUUCUAAUACCAAUUCUACACAAUAUAUUGAUUGUGAAGACAAUACCAAUUCAAAUAAAGGACGAAAACGAAAAUCUACACCCAAUAACUGGUUGCGUAACAAGGCAAAAAUCCUGAGAAACUCUGGUAAGUCCUAUAUAUCCAAUUCUAAAAAAGGAAAAACCGUUGUGCCCGCAAAGUCUCUAAAAACACCAUGUACUGAUAAAUGCAAACAAAAGUGUACUCAAAAUAUUACAGAAUCACAACGCAAAGAAAUUUUUGAAUGCUUUUGGGGCAUGGGAGAUCUGCAAAGGCAACGAGAUUUUAUUUUACGCCAUCUUUCCGUCAUUGAACCACGAUAUUCAUACAAGAUGCAUAACAGUAACCGGGGGAAAAACAAUGCUUUUUAUUUGACCGUUUAUAAUGAGAGAAUUCGAGUGUGUAAAGUAUUUUUUAAAGCUACCCUAGAUAUAACUGAUACCUCUAUCCGAACUGUUCUUCAAAAGAAGAAGAAUUCAUGUGGCAUGUUAGAUUUGGAUAAUCGUGGUAAACACAGCCAACAUGUUCAUUUAGAUCCGGCUAUUAGAGAAGGUAUUAUUGGACACAUCAACUCAAUCCCAAAGAUUAAUAGUCACUACUGCCGUGCAGACACAAAAAGGCUUUAUAUUGAUGGCGGCAAAACUGUAGCAGACUUACAUAGGGAUUACGAACUCGACUGUCAGUCAAAAAAUUUACCAAGCGCCAAUUACCUUAUGUAUUACAGGAUCUUUAACAAAGAAUUCAAUAUUGCCUUUUUCCAACCGAAAAAAGAUCAGUGUGAGGAUUGUACAUCAUAUAGUAAUGCCACAGAAAACGAUAAGGUAGAGCUGAAGGAAAAGUUUGAUAGGCAUUUAACAGAAAAAGAUUUGUCAAGGCAAAAUAAAGAAGAUGACAAAAAAUUUACACCUGAUAAUUGUAUUGUAUUAGUUUAUGAUCUUCAGGCUGCAAUGCCCUGUCCUAGAGGAGAUGCAUCAAACUUUUAUUACGUAUCGAAAUUAAAUACGUAUAAUUUCACAAUAUGCGAUAUCAAAUCUAAAGACACUGCAUGUUAUGUCUGGCAUGAAGGUGAAGCUAAACGUGGUGCUACAGAAAUAGGAUCUUGUUUGCUCAAAUACAUACAGAAUUUAAAGCUUAAAGCUGAAGAACUAGAUUCAAAAUUAGAUAUAAUAUUUUAUUCCGACAAUUGCUGCGGACAGCAAAAGAACCAGUACAUAAUAGCUCUUUAUGUAUAUGCAGUUUAUCAUCUCGAUUUUAUUAAUUCAAUAACCCACAAAUACCUUAUAAAAGGGCACACUCAAAAUGAGGGUGAUAAUGUCCACUCCCUCAUUGAAAGAGGAGUUGGUAAAGCUCUGAAGUCUGGACCCAUAUAUACACCUGACCAGUAUGUGCACAUUAUAAGAAAUGCUAAAAAAACUGGCAAAGCCUAUCAAGUAAAUGAAUUGGAACACGAAGAUUUUUUUGAUAUAAAAGCGUUGGCUUCAUCAAUAGGCAAAAAUUUUUCUAAGAAUAUGGACAAAGAAACGUUAAAGCUAGGAGAUGUCAAAAUUUUGAAGGUGGAAUCGAAUGAUUUUAAUUACUGUUUUUCCUAUAAAACAUCGUACGAGGACACACAGUUUAAAACAGUCAUUAUAGACAAAAUUGGUAAGACAAGAAACACUGCCAAUAAUAUCACUGUUAAAAAAGCAUACAAAGAAAAAAUUCCUAUAUGUGAGAAGAAGAAGAAAGGUUUGCUAGACCUUAUUAGGAAAAAUAUUGUACCAAGGUUUUAUAAACCGUUUUUUGAGAAUCUCUAAUUUGUAUUAUGUACCUGAAGAAGACUGAUUCUGCGGUAGAUGCCAAAUAGUUUUAAGAAGAAGCCUAAUAGAGUAUAAGUUUGUUAGAUUUUUUUAUGUUCAUGGUUUCUAAUGAACCUAAUUAUUUUGAAAAAACAAAAUUUUUUUAGAUGUUGUAUGUUUAAGUAUGGUUCAUAAUGUUCCUAAAUAUUUCUAAAUAGCAAAUCUUUGUUAUAUAUUUGUUAUACUUUAUAGGUCAUAAUGUUAUUUUUCCUAAUUACUUUUAAGAAGUAUAAUAGAUAUUGUCUGUUAGAUUUGUUUUAUGUUUGUGGUUUCUAAUAUUAUGUUUAAUGUUAAGGGUGAUCAUUUUAAUGUGCAUAGGUACUGGUAGGUAUCUGGGUUAUAGUCAUACUGCAAGUUAUAACAAAAUGUGGACUUAUGUUAUAUAUUUUGUAUGACAGCAUUUUCUUCUAAAAAUACUUUUCCACAGGUUUGUUUAAUCUCUGAAUUUCAUGUUAAUUAGCAUAAUGUACUAAUAUAAUAAACAGAAAUGUGUUAUUCUACAGAAAAAAAUGUUUCGAUGGCUACAACAUAAAACUAAUAAAUUGAUUUGUGUUUGAACAUACUUUUCUUUAAUAUUAUCUUAAUCGUUAUUGUGUUACUAUUACAGAUAUUUCUGAAUAUCUUGUAGAUCAUAUUACCAGUUAUACUAUUAUAAAAGUAAAAUUGAGAACAACUCAAGUAUAUUAUUUUGAUUUAUGUUCCUAUUCAUGAUAAUAUGCCAAAACUCAUUUUGUAACAAGUCGAAUAAAGCAUAGUUUUUAAUUAUUAAUUAAGGUAUUAGCAGCUCAAAACCUAUAUAUUUAGAUUUUAAUUAAACCUUGAUUAAUGCCCUUUCGAUUUAUACAUUCUAUUUUUCUAUUGAUUAAAUACAUGAAAAGUUAUGACAGUAACAA